AUGACACUUGGCGCAGUUGAACUUGACGGGGAACCAGUUAACGUAACAAAGUGGGAGUAUGAAAGCGAUCGCCAAUUUCAAUCAUUAGAUGUCCCUUUGCCUGACCUGACCCGCCACACCAUACAGAACAACGGAUGCCUGUUUGGUGGUUUUGUCUCUGCUCAUGUGAUGAUUAAUAUUGGCAACGCUAUUCCUCUGGGAUUUGGCGAGUUGCAGGCUCGCCAAAACUCUGUAUCAAGCGUGACAAACAACGCCAUCUGCGAGAGUUCAGCUUCUGUGGCGUCUACAGACAACAAUGUCCCAUCCGAUACCUUGGAGGUCACGUCAACAUUAUCGGAGGAAUCUUCAGUGUAUGAAGUUUGGGAAAACUUAACAAAGAUAGUCUUAACUUUUACUGAAUUACCUUCAGAAUUUGAAGCUGGAUCAUUGUCUAUUGUGAAAACUUCAGAGUAUAAUGUUUGGCCAACAUCUUCUGAAUCACAGUCAGUAAUUCCAAUCGAGUCAACAUUACCUGAAUUGCCUACGGUAUCUUCAAUGUAUUACGUUUAUUCAAUAUCUUCUGCAUCUUUGGUGAAUGAAGCCGAGUCAACAUCAACUGCAACAUCUGUGUUGACUGAAGUAGGAUUAACAUCUACUACCUCUGUAGUGGAUAAAAUUGAAUCAACAUCAACAGCAACAUCUUUGGUGAAUGAAGUUGGGUCAACAUCAACAGCAACAUCAUUGGUGAAUGAAGUUGAGCCAACAUUAACUGCCUCUAUGGUAGAUGAAGUUGAAUCAAACUCAACAGCAACAUAUUUGGUGGAUGAAGUUGAGUCAAACUCAACAGCAACACAUUUGGUGGAUGAAGUUGAGUCAAACUCAACAGCAACAUAUUUGGUGGAUGCAGUUGAGUCAACAUCAACUGCCUCUGUGGUGGAUGAAGUUGAGUCAAACUCAACAGCAACAUAUUUGAUGGAUGAUGUUAAGUCAACAUCAACUGCCUCUGUGAUGGAUGAAGUUGGGUCAAACUCAACAGCAACAUAUUUGGUGGAUGAAGUUGAGUCGACAUCUACUGCCUCUGUGGUGGCUGAAGUUGAGUCAAACUCAACAGCAACAUAUUUGGUGAAUGAAGUUAAGUCAACAUUAACUGCCUCUGUGGUGGAUGAACUUGAUUCAAUAUCAACUGCCCCUGUGGUGGAUGAAGUUGAGUCAAACUCAAAAGCAACAUAUUUGGUGGAUGAAGUUGAGUCAACAUCAACAUCUCUGGUGAAUGAAGUUGAAUCAAUAUCAACUGCCUCUGUGGUGAAUGAAGAAAUGAAAACCGUUCCUGUGUAUAACAUUAAAUCAACGUUUACUGAAACGAAUUCGAUGGAUGAAAUUGGGUCAGACAUCACGAGUCAACCACCAUCAGAGCAUAACGCUUGGUCAACACACUAUGCUAGUUUGUCAAUGACCACGCCCAGUCAUGUCAGUAAUCUAUUGUCGAGUAGUACGACUUCACAUAUGAUCAAUGUGACUACUGUAACUACACCUGUAGCUAAGAGUAUCACCACGCCCACCACUGGCACCCAGUUAAUGAGCUCACAUAUCCUUUAUAGUCAGUUGAUAACUACGCCUCCACCUGUCAGUCAGCUGAUGACCACACCUACAUUUAUCAGCCAGUUGUUGACCACGCCUCCUCUUUACAGCCAGUUGAUAAGCAAGCCUUUUUCUGUAAGUCAACUGGUGACAACGUCUACUCCUGUCAGCAAGCUAACCACGCCUACUUAUGUCAGCCAGUUGAUGACCACGCCUACUACUGUCAGCAAGCUUAUAACCACGCCUACUUCUGUAAGUCAGCUGAUGACCACGUCUAUUCAUGUUAGCAAGCUAAUUACCACGCCUACUUCUGCCAGUCAGUUGAUGACCACGCCCCCUCUUGUAAGCCAGCCAAUUACCACGUCUACUCCAGUCAGCCAACUUAUGACUACGCCUACAACUGUCAGCUAUCUGAUCACUACAUCUACUCCUUUCAGCCAGCUGAUGACCACGCCUACACCUGUCGACCAGCCAAUAAUCACGCCUACUCCUGUCAGUCAUUUGAUGACCACGCCUACUCCUGUUAGCCAGCUGAUGACCACGCCUUCUAGUCAACUUGAAUCAACUAAAUUGACAACGCCAAAUGAUGCACGACAAACAACAACAACAACACAAACACCAUCUUCAGAAACUCAACUGCCCGCAGAAGACACCAACCUUUUUGCUGCCGUCAACUCAGAAAUAAAACAAUGUCGUUGUACAUGUGCAAAUAAACAGACAACGCCCAAUAUUACAUUGAAUGUACAAACUAAAGAAACCCUCACAGUACAAAUAAAAGAACGCCUCAACGUCCCAAAGACCAAUCUGACAGCGACUUUACAAAGAAAAAACUCCAUGGACAACACGAGCCCAAGUUCCCAAACUCUCGGCCAGGUCAUCUGUAUCUCGUGUCUGUGUCUGGUCUUUGGUGUUGUGGUGUUGGCUGAUGUUCUUCAAACUUUUCGAUUUAUGUAUUCUAUUUUACGCUCGUGGGCUCGACAUGUAUGUGAACGAAAUAGACGGGGCUAA